AUGGCAGCCUCAGGGGUGUUCCGAGGGUGUGACAUUCUCCUCAUCUACAGCCCGGACGCUGAGGAAUGGUGCCAGUACCUCCAGGACCUCUUCCUGUCCAGUCGGCAGGUCCGCAGCCAGAAGACGCUGACUUACCGGCUGGGCCCCCAGGCCUCGUUCUCGGCCGAGGACCUGACCUUCUUCCUGAGCACGCGCUGCAUCGUGGUGCUGCUGUCCGCAGAGCUGGUGCAGCACCUCAGCCGGCCGGCGCAGCGGCCCCUGCUGCAGAGGGCCUUCCACCCCCCGCACCGCAUGGUCCGGCUGCUCUGCGGGGUGCAGGACAGCAAGGACUUCCUGGACUUCUUCCCAGACUGGGCGCACUGGCAGGAGCUCACCUGUGACGACGAGCCCGAGACGUACGUGGCGGCUGUGAGGAAGGCCAUUUCCGAAGAUUCUGGCUGUGACUCAGUCACCGACACUGAGACCGAGGACGAGAAGUUCCUGCCCUACUCAAAGCAGCAGAGCCUGCCGCUGGAAACUUCACCCGGGAACCUGAUGGUGGUGCAGCCAGACCGCAUUCGCUGUGGGGCAGAAACCACUGUCUACGUCAUCGUGAGAUGUAAGUUGGAUGAGAGAGUGGCGACGGAAGCAGAGUUUUCUCCCGAGGAUUCUCCCUCCAUACGGGUGGAAGGCAGGCUGGAGAAUGAAUACACCGUUUCCGUGAAGGCCCCCGCCCUUUCAUCUGGGAAUGUUUCUCUGAAGAUAUACUCUGGGGAUUUAGUGGUGUGCGAGGCUGCUAUCAGCUAUUAUACUGACAUGGAAGAAAUUGGGAAUUUAUUGUCCAAUGCUGCAAAUCCUGUGGAAUUCAUGUGUCAGGCCUUUAAAAUUGUGCCCUACAACACAGAGACCCUUGAUAAACUGCUCACUGAGUCCCUGAAGAAUAACAUCCCUGCAACUGGACUGCACCUCUUUGGAAUCAACCAGCUGGAAGAAGAAGAUGUGAUGACAAAUCAGAGGGAUGAAGAGCUGCCCACCUUGCUGCAUUUCGCUGCGAAGUAUGGACUAAAGAACCUCACUGCUUUGUUGCUCACCUGCCCGGGAGCCCUACAAGCAUACAGUGUGGCCAACAAGCACGGCCACUACCCCAACACCAUCGCCGAGAAACACGGCUUCAGGGACCUGCGGCAGUUCAUCGAUGAGUAUGUGGAAACUGUGGACAUGCUGAAGAGUCACAUUAAAGAGGAGCUGAUGCAAGGCGAGGAGGCUGACGACGUGUACGAGUCCAUGGCCCACCUUUCCACAGACCUGCUCAUGAAGUGCUCCCUCCACCCGGGCUGUGACGAGGAGCUGUACGAGUCCAUGGCUGCCCUCGCUCCAGACGCCACUGAAGACCUCUAUGUCGAAAUGCUUCAGGCCAGUACAUCUAACCCAAUCUCUGGCGAGGGCUUCUCUCGGGCCACUAAGGACUCUAUGAUCCGCAAGUUUUUAGAAGGCAACAACGUGGGAAUGGCCAGUUUGGAGAAGGAGCUGUACCAUCACGAUCCAGAUGAUGUUUAUCACACAGUAGAAGAUGAUGAGGCCUUUUCUGUGGACCUGGCCAGCAGGCCCCCGGUCCCAGUACCCAGGCCAGAGGCCAGUGCUUCUGGUGCGCACCAGCUGCCCGACAAUGAACCGUACAUUUCGAAAGUUUUUGCAGAAAAAAGUCAAGAACGGCCUGGGAAUUUCUAUGUUUCCUCAGAGAGCAUCAGGAAAGAGCCUCCUGUCAGACCGUGGAGAGACAGGCCCCAGUCAAGUAUAUACGACCCUUUCGCUGGGAUGAAAACGCCAGGCCAGCGGCAGCUUAUUACUCUCCAGGAGCAGGUGAAGCUGGGCAUUGUCAACGUGGACGAAGCUGUGCUCCACUUCAAAGAGUGGCAGCUCAACCAGAAGAGGCGGUCUGAAUCCUUUCGCUUCCAGCAGGAAAAUCUUAAACGGCUAAGAGAUAGCAUCACCCGAAGACAGAGAGAGAAGCAAAAAUCAGGAAAGCAGGCAGCCUUGGAGAUCACCGUCCCAAUUCGGCACUCACAGCUCCUGUCCAGCAAAGUGGAGGUUGGAGUCUAUGAGAGUGGCCCCAGGAAAAGUGUCUUCCCCCCAAGGACGGAGCUGAGACGAGGAGACUGGAAGACAGACAGCACCUCCAGCACAGCAAGCAGCGCAAGUAACCGAUCCAGCACCCGGAGCCUCCUCAGCGUGAGCAGCGGGAUGGAGGGGGACAAUGAGGAUAAUGAAGUCCCUGAAGUUACCAGAAGUCGGAGUCCAGGCCCCCCACAAGUGGACGGAAUACCCCCUGCCCUGCCCAUUGAGAGACCCCCCAGGGUGCCACCCCGAGCUGCCUCACACAGGCCCCCGACCAGGGAGAUCUUCCAUCCACCUCCACCUGUUCCACGCAGAGGUCGUUGAUUCCACGUCCUAAAACCUGCCUACUCCAGGACUUUGAGACUAGCAGUUUUCAGCCUAAUUAUGCCUUCAUGUUGCAUUUUCUGGGGUGACUGCUGGCCUUAAGACCCACUCUCACUGCUGAUACUGUUGUGGCCCUGCUGGUUUGGGCUUUCCUUGAAGAAGAUACUCUUAAGGCACGAAGGAGUGAAAAGCUAAGGACUUCAGUCACCACCGCCAAGUGUAUUGAUCCAUAUACUCGUUUUCCAAAAGAAUGAAGACUUAAUUGGGAUACUCACCUCUAACUUAACAUGUCAGAAGCCUGAUUGGUUAGAAAUGUACUUUACAGUGACUUUACUGAAAUGCACUCAUGUUAGGCCUUA